CAAACCAUCUCUUCAACGAAGAACCUAAUCAGGUUCUGUUUGAAGAAAAUUCAUGUGUAAGAAAGGUGAUAUUAAACCGGCCUACGAAACUGAAUUCUAUUACAUUUCACAUGGUCUGUCAAAUGUUAAAGAAGUUGAACGAAUACGAAAAGGAUUCCAGAGUGAAACUAGUGAUAUUGAAGGGAAAUGGAAAAGCUUUUUCUGCGGGUGGUGAUUGUGUAGCUCUUGUUAAAUAUAUCACUGCUGGUCAUUGGAGUUUUGGUGCAAGUUUUUAUCGAAAACAACUCAUCCUAGACUAUAUUAUAGCUACACAUGAUAAAACUUUGGUCUCACUUAUUGAUGGAGUGGUCAUGGGAGGUGGUGCUGGACUAUCCAUGAAUGCAAACUUUCGAGUUGUGACCGAGAAAGCAGUAUUUGCGAUGCCCGAAUCAAGUUUAGGACUUUUUCCGGAUGUAGGUGCUUCAUACUUUUUGUCUAGGCUGCCAGGUUUCUUCGGAGAGUAUUUGGGCCUCACUGGUGCUCGGUUAGGUGGGGCAGAGAUGGUUGCAUGUGGCCUUGCUACUCAUUUUAUCCUUUCCAAGGAUUUACCUUCAUUGGAAAAAGAGUUGGAUGGAAUUAAUUCUAGAGAUCCAACUGUCGUGUUUAAAGUAAUCAAUAACUUCAUUGAAGAACCAUCUAUUAAAUCUACUUCUGCUUUUAGAAGCAUGGAUAUCAUCAACAAAUGUUUCUCAAGAAAAACAGUUGAAGAAAUACUAUCAGCAUUGGAAAAUGAGGCUAAGAAUGGGGCAGAUAGUUGGAUUGUGGCAGCAAUCAAGUCUAUGAAAGCAGCAUCUCCAACUAGUCUUAAAAUAUUUCUUAGAUCGAUCAGGAAAGGGCGGGGGCAAGGCCUAGAUCAAUGCCUAAUUCGUGAGUUUAGAAUGGCUUCUCAUGCUUUGCGCAAAACAGUAAACAAUGACUUUUAUGAGGGUUGUAGAGCAAUAUUGUUUGAUAAAGAUAAACAACCAAAGUGGGAGGUUCCAAAACUAGAAUUGGUCACAAAUGAAAUGGUGGGUCAAUUUUUCACCAAAGUGGAUGAUGAUGAUUGGGAAGAUCUACGGCUUGAUGCUAGAUCUGAUGAUGCCAACUUAUUCCUAUCAAGACUCUAA